UGCUCUGAUUAUGGUAUAUUCUUUUAAGCACAAAAGUAUCUGACGAAAUUAAAUAAUUGUUUUUUUUUAACUUUAUAAAUGAUUGAAUUAGCCAGUACAAAAGUAUUUGACUUUGCGAACAAAGCAGAAUUCAAAAGAAGGGGAGCGAAAAGCCAAAUUAACGUCAUUUCAUAUUUGUUUCUUUGUCAUUUUACAUUCUAUGCUAGUAGCAUAGCAGCGGGUUUCACUUCCGGGAAGUUGACCAAUCAGAUACUCGUGACGUCCACCUGACAGAAACUCGGACUUUUUCUCACCUGUCUGUCAUUUCACAGUUGUGAAACAUUGCGGUUCCGUGGAAGUACAACCUGAUUUUUCUCGUGUGGGUUCGAACCCUGUACGUGUUCCGUAGUCAGAACCGAGCCCAACCCAGUUUGGCUACUUUUCAUUCACCUUUUGGCAGGGUUUAUACUUAAGUAAAGGUCGUAGUCGUACUAUUCGAGGCAUUUCCGGUUAAGAAGUUUUGUUGUUGUUUUUUUUUCAACAUGAGUGUGGAGUUGAAGACCUUUAAAAGGAAUGGCAACGAGUUCGUGGGGGAUAUGGACACCCCGUUAAAUGGCGACCACCACGCCAACGGACAUCACGACGAGCCAGAAAUCACGCUUCUUUCUGGCGCUCAGAACGGUCGCAACGGCGAGACAAUGUCUUCAGGACGUGUUUUUGAUGAGGAGAGCUGCGCAUGGCGGGUAAAGAGGGAAUUAUGCGAGGUGGUGUACGGCAAAAUACGAGUGUGGAUGGUGUUGGUCAUCGUGGUGGUCCUCGCCGUUAUCAUCGUUUUCGCUUCGCUAGCGUUGUGCGCAGCACUUUACGUGGACCCGGACGGGAAGUUUGAGGACAGGUCGUCUUUCAAGGCGGCUCGCCGCUUCAACGGGAGUUUCUGUCUGCCCGACCUCACCUUCACGGACGAGUUGCUCAACACUUCUUCCAAUCGGAGUCGAGACCUCGCUAGCGACUUGCAAGGAAAGCUGUCAAACCUGUACAGAUCGUCUCCUGCGCUCGGACGCUACUUCUCCACAGCUGAGAUUUCCGCUCUUCGGAACGGCUCGGUGAUCGCUGAGUACCAGCUGACCUUCGUGCUUCCCCGGGAGCAGGAGGAGCUGCUUAGCAACUUCACGCUGAGCCGGGAGAUGGUCUAUAACGUGCUCAGGCAGUACCUCUACGACCAGCGACACGACGACACCCUGUCGUCUUUGUACAUCGACCCAGUUUCCCUCAAGCUGUCAUGACCCCAGAAACGGGUUGUUUUGCAUGCUCGUGGUUCUCCAAAACCUCAGUCAUACGCGCUGUGGCGGCUGAGUCUUCUACGACCGAAAAAGUGGUCGCGCGUGCCGUGUGAUCUUCUUCAGCAGUCGGGAUGAGGUUUGGUAGUCAUCUUUUUAUUGUAUUAUGGAGGAGUCUUGAUUCUUUGGAAGCCUUGCAGCGGUUUUUAUGAUUAGCCAGCAGAGGGCGGUCAAGUUCCUUUAAGUAUUGCAAUUUUUUUUUUUUUUAAUGUUUUUUUUUUUUUUAAUGUCACUAAUGUAGAUUUCGGUCAGGUUUAUUGAGCCAUCAAUCAAAACAGUCCACAUUUUGUGAGAUUUUUAUUUAAAAAAAAACCAAAAAAAAACAUGUACUUGUAAAUCAACAUAUUGUCAGAUUGCAAAUAAAUCUCACAAUUUUUUAUGGUGUAUUUUUUGAAUUAUUUUCAAUUUUUAUGUGAGUAAAUGUUGCCUCUAUGUGUUUUAAUGUGUAUGUGUUAACUCAUGUUG